AUGGUGCACAUGAAUCAAUUUAUUUUUUUUAGUUUUGAAUUAAUUAAUGAAUAAAUGUUGUAUAUUUGUAUGCGUUCAAUUAGUAUAUAUAGAAUUUGAGUGCAGUGCGUGUGUGUGUGUGUGUGAGAGAGACGAAAUGGGGUUUAUAACUCUUUUGAUUAUUCUAUUUACCGUGCUUUGGGCGGCGGUUCUUGUAUUCCGGUCAAAUUCACGGCGGCGGCCGAGCUCAGCCAAGCUUCCACCAGGACCUUACAGGUUUCCGAUCGUCGGCAAUAUUCCCCAGCUCGGUCUGAAUCCUCACCAAUCGUUCGCCAACCUCUCCAAAACUUACGGCCCUUUAAUGUCUCUCCAUCUCGGAAGUGUUUACACAGUCGUCGUGUCGUCGCCGGAAAUCGCAAGAGAAGUACUGCAGAAGCACGACCAGGUUUUCUCCGGCCGAAUCAUCGGCGCCGCCGCCCAAGUCCACGACCACCACAACAUCUCGAUCGCCUACCUGCCAGCCGGAAUCGAGUGGCGGAAGAAACGCAAAAUAUGCCGAGAACACAUGUUCUCCACCCAUCGCCUGGACGAAAGCCAAGCACUCCGGCGGGAGAAGUUGCAGAAACUGUGCGACUACGUGAGCAAUUGUUGCGGCGGCGGCGGAGGAGGAGGAGGAGAUGGCCGAGCCGUGAACAUCGGCGAGGCGGCGUUCAUAACCUCGCUGAAUCUAAUGUCGGCCACACUUUUCUCGGUUGAUUUCACCGAUUUCGAUUCAGAUGCUACACAGGAUUUAAAGGAGACAAUUGAAGGUGUGGCGAAGAUUUUAGGUACCCCAAAUCUCGCCGAUUUCUUCCCAAUUUUCAAACGGUUCGAUCCACAAGGUAUUCAGAAGAAGGCUGAAUUUUACUUUGGGAAACUGCUUGGGUUGUUUGAAGACAUAAUCAAUCAAAGAUUGGAAUCAAGGCGGACCGUUGGAUCUUCAAGGAAAAAUGAUCUGCUAGAAACACUAUUUGAUCUCAGCCAAGGAACCGACUACGAUUUGACUUGCAAAGAUAUCAAACAUCUACUUGUGGACUUAUUCGUUGCAGGAACAGACACAACAUCGAGCACGGUUGAAUGGGCGAUGACGGAAUUACUUCUAAACCCCGAAAAGAUGGCCAAUGCCAAAAAUGAGCUAACUACUUUGAUUGGCAAAAACAAACAAGUCCAAGAAUCCGACAUAUCGAAACUCCCAUAUUUACGAGCUCUGGUUAAAGAAACAUUUCGGUACCACCCAGGGGGGCCGCUUUUAAUACCGCACAAGGCAGAAGAUGAUGUUGAAAUCAACGGCUAUACGAUCCCCAAAGACACGCAGAUACUUGUUAAUGUUUGGGCUAUUGGUAGAGAUUCGAGCAUUUGGUCGAAUCCAGAUUCAUUUGAGCCCGAACGAUUUCUGGACAGCAAAGUGGACUUCAAGGGACAAGAUUUUGAGCUUAUUCCGUUUGGGUCGGGGAGAAGGAUGUGCCCGGGUUUGCCUCUGGUUGAUCGAAUGCUGCAUCUUACGGUGGCUUCUUUGAUUCAUAACUUUGAUUGGAAACUCGAGGCGGGGGUGAAACUGGAUACGGAGGAGAAGUUUGGACUUUCGCUGCAUAAGGCAGUUCCCCUCGAGGCUAUUCCAACCAAGGUGUGAAUCACAGAAAGUUUGUCAUCACCCAAUGUACUCUCUCUUCCUACGCUUAAUUCAAGAAUUUUCAAGAUUAGCUUGGUCUACAAUGUUGUUCUUUAUCCUAAAUGCAUUUUAUCAAUUUCAAUUU